AUGACAAUUGACAUGUGAAAUUGUGAAUACAAUGCAUGCUGAAACAACGUGAAUUCGAAUAUUGAUUAUAUUAGUAAAUUAAAUCGAUAUAGGACGAUAGAACAAAUUAAAAUUUUAAAUUAACACAGUUACACAUUAUGGGCAAAACUUCCAAGGACAAGCGGGAUAUUUAUUACAGACUAGCAAAAGAAGAGGGUUGGAGAGCAAGAAGUGCUUUUAAACUACUGCAGAUCAACGAUGAGUAUGAUAUCUUCAAUGGUGUACUGCGUGCAGUGGAUCUUUGCGCUGCGCCGGGCAGCUGGAGCCAAGUUCUGACGAAAAAACUGAGGCAGAACACGAAGAACGAGGAUGAAGUCAAAAUAGUAGCGGUAGAUUUACAGGCCAUGGCAUCGCUGCCAGGAGUUAAACAAAUACAAGGUGAUAUUACAAAAGUAUCCACAGCAAACGAAAUUAUUAAAGAGUUCGAAGGUUUGAAAGCUGAUCUAGUGGUGUGCGACGGAGCUCCAGACGUCACAGGACUUCAUGAUAUUGAUGAAUAUGUACAGUCGCAACUUCUACUUGCUGCUUUGAACAUAACUACACAUGUAUUGAAGUUGGGUGGUGUCUUUGUAGCUAAAAUAUUCAGAGGGAAAGAUGUUACACUGCUGUAUUCUCAGCUUAAGCUGUUUUUUGCGAAUGUUACAGUGUCAAAACCGAGAAGUUCAAGGAAUUCCAGUAUUGAAGCCUUUGUAAUAUGUCAGGAUUAUAAACCACCUGAGGGAUAUGAACCUACUAUGGUAAACCCUCUCUUAGAUCACAAAUAUUGUGACUUUAAUCAGCUCACUGGACCAAAUAGAGUAAUAGUACCAUUCAAUGCCUGUGGAGACCUAAGUGCUUAUGACUCGGACACUUCAUAUUCAUUAUUAUUGGAAGGACAAAGUUCAUAUGAGUAUAAAGAACCCAUACAAAACCCUAUUGAUCCUCCGUAUAAAGAAAUAUUAGAAAAAACUAAAUCUAUGAAUAUUAAACCUCAUUAAAAAAUUUGUACACUUUGUUAUUAUUUUAUUUUAUUUAUGUCUAUGUCAUUAAUUUUUCUUGGCAAUAAAACAUUCCUACAUUGUG